AUGACAUCUAUCGGCUUCGCCCCGGCCCCCUUUCCCCCCGAGUCGCCAGUCUCCGAGGUUGGCCCCUCCUCCAUCCUUCUCAAUGCCUAUGACUGCCCCAACAUCCUGGAGAAGGAGACCACUUCAUCAAAGUCAGCAUGGACGAUGGGCAUGAACAUUGGAAUGGGCAUGGGCAACCACAACAACAGAGGGCGUGCCCCCCCUCCUGCCGUCAAGGUCCCUCCGCCCGCCAUUACGACGACCGUCGUACCGCCAUCGCCAAACCCGCUGUCGAGCACUUCGGACGGUGACAAGUCGCCGCGCAUUCGCUUUGCACCGCUUCCUGACCCUACCAGGCCACGCUCGUUAUCGACCGGCCACAACGUUGGUCACAAGGUCUCGGAGGGCCCAAACGGUGAGCGGGAAUACACACUCGAACUGCGCAACAUGACAAUGGACGACGAGGCGUGCAACGACAACGCCGUCGACGAGGAAAGCAUCUCGGACGAAGACGACCAUUCGGACCACGAGGACUACGACUGGGAGCUGGACAACCGCCGCAAAUCGUGGGCGGCGGCCAUGUCGAUGGGCUCUAUGAGCUCAAAGGGCAUGGGCUCGGCGUGGUCGGGCACCAAGAAGCUUGUCGGCCUCAAAAGCCACCACGAGUCGGCAGCCAAGAAGAGCAAGGCAUCAGGAUCGUUUGGCUCGUCGACCACACCUGUGAAUGCAAUGUUCCUGAGCCCUGGUCGUCGCGGGUCCGCCGCGUCGACUGGUAGCAACAGCAGCAGCGGGCACCGGCGAACAGCGUCGAGCGAAAUCCGUGCGCCUCCGACAGCCAAGAUGCUCAACGGCCGUGUGUACGGUGCGCGCCGUGCAUCUGAGGCCGCAGCUCUAGAGAAGGUCCUCCGUGAGGCGAACGAGCCAGAGUUCGUCGAGUGGGGCGCCGGCGGCGGUGUCGGUUCGACCAGAAAAAAUAAGCCGGUAACCAGCGACAGCACGCUGUCGCGCAGCCUCGGGUCCAAGUCGCCGUUUGACGACGACGACGGUGGAGGCAUGUCGUGGGUCCGCAAGCGCCGUGAGGAGAGGGAGCGUAAGGCCCGCGAAGCCGCACUCGCGGAGGCUUCAGCGACCAAGGCGCCCGACGUUGUGGUCGAGGGCAACCCUGGAAUGUCGCCUGGCCACCGCCGCGAGAGCGUCAGCAGCAUCAGCUCCAGCGGCUCUCAGAGAGAGAAACCUACCCUCCCGCUCACGCCCCAUGACCCGCACACCGAGUUGUCGGGUGCGUUCGCAGACUUUGGCGGAUUUGGCGCUUCGACCCCAAAGCGACAGACCACACUCGAGGUCGCGCCUGACGCCAAGGCCGAGGAGCACGAUGAGGAGCAGCACCUGCACAUGAUUAAGAUUCCGCAUGCGCGGUUCAGGCGCCGCAGCGAGGUCGACGACGAGGAGGAAGAGGAGGUCACCAACAGCGACUUUGACGAAGAUGAUGAUGAGGAGGUUGCGUUGGUUAGUCAGAAAUGCGCAGCUGCCGCUGGCGUCGAGGUCCUGGCGCGCCACUUCUGA